AUUUGUGUCAUAUCCGGGUAUUUAGAAUCAGGUGACGACUACGAUUUUCUGUCAUGUCACUGCAGCGAACUUCCUGCCCACUUGGAAGUUAGUUACAGAGAUCAACUUGGAUCAGGAUAAAGUCAAACAAGGGAUCCAAAUCUGGUUCAAGGCCAUCGAGCAGUUCAUGCACUUUGUUAAGAGGCUGAAAACUGAAGACAAGAAAGAAGACAGCCAGGGCAUCAUUAGAGAGGCACUGGCAGGCAUGCCGGUGUUUGACGAACUCUCUGACAGCACAGAGGUUGUGGAGAUGGAGGAUGUGACUUCAACCCACUUUCAGGUGCAAAAGCACACGUGGGUUGGUCUGCGUAAAAUCAUUCACGACGGACGCAAGAACAUAGGCUUUCUCGUCAACAAGGCGCCAUAUGACUUCGUGUUUGUCCAGAAGGGGGAACCCAACACACAUUCCCAUCGGCUCUAUUACCUCGGUACGCCUUACCGCAAAAGGGAUAACGCCUUACUGUACUCUGACAUUCCCAAGAAGGUACACAAGGAUGUCCUUCUCAUUCUGUCAUGGAAACCUCUGCUGGAUCACUUUCAGGCCAGCCCUCACCCCAACAUUUUCUCAAGAGAGGAGGAGCUGCUGCGAGAGAGGAAGCGCUUAGGGGUGUCAGGCAUCACAUCCUAUGACUACCACCGAUCUACGGGACUUUUUUUGUUCCAGGCCAACAGCAGUCUGUACUACUGUGUAGACGGGUCAAAUGAUAAUUUCACGGUGAGUUCCAAAAUCGUAACAUGCUUUCAACACCAUGUAGACCAGGUGUUGGCAAUCUGGAUACGGCUCUUUGAUCUUCAUGUUGUGGCUUCCUGUUACAAAUGUAUGUCUUAAUUUGACAACUAUAGUGUUCUUGUGAUAUUAAACCAAAACAGUUUUA